UCGGCGAGGGUCCUAGGCGUCAACAUCGACUCGUGCCUGACGUGGGAGCAAAACUGCUUGGUGAAAACUAAGGUUAAGAAACCAGAUAAGACUACCUCCCAGAAACAGGCCCGGAGCCGCGGCGGUCAGGUGCCGCCGCCAGCGCUGCAGGGCACCUGCGUCCACAGCCGGUCUCCAACGGUGGACAACGGUGGAAGGUGGACUGAGGUGGACGGCGCGGUGGAUACAGUGCCAGAGGUGGACUCACGAGUGCCGCGAGUGCCCGCCGGAGUGUCGGGUUCCGAGUGGAGAGGAGUGACUGGAGGAGUCAUAUCCUCCAACUACAGCUCCUCGGAGCGGGAGCUCAUCGACAGGGUCUUCCGGCUCUUCGAAACCGUCACCUGCCUUCGCUUGGUGCCUCGAACUAGCGAGAAGGACUACGUGCGUAUCACUCCCACUGGUCGAUGUAGUGGAGAAGUGGGACGCCGCGGAGGACGCCAGAAGAUCAGCCUGCCACACUGGUGUCUCAGUUUCGGACACGCUGCACACGAGCUGAUGCACACAGCAGGGUUCUGGCACGAACAUCAGAGACCGGACCGGGAUCAGUUCGUCAGGGUGCUGUGGGAUAACAUCAAGCCACGACAUCGCCGGACCGACUACGGCCGGAGGGUCUGGGAGGAGCUCGGCGAGGGCAGCUGGCUGGGUCCGUACGACUUCCGCUCGAUCCUGCAUUACUCGGGACGCGGAUCGGCUGUGGAUAGCACCAAACCCACCAUGGUGGCCAGACAGGGUGGUGUCAAGCUGGGAGGCAACGGCAACCUCACCGACAUCGACAUCUGGAAGAUAAACACGCAGUACCACUGCUGGCAGCGUCCAGUGGCCAACUCUUUGUAUGAGUUUGGUGACAAUCAGCUAGGAGGACGGCAAGGCAGGCGGUUCGGCAGGCUUAGUAGUCGUCAAGCUGAAGGACCUGCUGAAACCCACGGCGAUCUCACCAACAAGUACAACAUCCCCUACGAGAACUGA